AUGGCAGCCAUCGGAGCAACGUACUCUAAAAACGGUCUGACUGGAGUCGCUGUGGCUCUCAAUGAGUUAUGCAGGAGAGCAAUUGCCUACCUCAGGGAAAGUGACCGGCGUGCCAUGUUUGAUACAUCGAUCGUCCAGGCCUGGCUGCUUCAAUCCGUCUUUGGGCUUUUCUGUGGCUCUCGGAUGCUCUAUCAACACUCCGAGAUUAGUCGUGGUGGAUUGGUGACGGCCGCCAGGCGGAUGCACCUUCUUCGUCCUGGUUUUUCAUUUGUCAAAGAGCUCGAACGGCACCCAGCCUCGACAUCACCUGAAGAGGUGGAGCGAGCAUAUGCAAAGGAUGAAGAACGCUGUCGAUUGGGAUGGGGUAUUUAUCUCUAUGACAUGCAAAUAUACGCGUUGUUGAAUAUUUCGCCACAUUUCUCAAUUGGCGAUAUUGACAUGUCAUUGCCCUGCGAUGAGGAGAUGUGGGAAUCUCGCCCUCCCCGUGGGCAUCACGAUUUUGCCCAGUCCCACAGUGACGCCCUGAACUUCCGCCAUGUGCUUGAGCGCCUGCUGUCCGUUGGCAAGCUGCCACAGCCAUUGAACCCAUUUGGGCUUUCUAUCAUUGCACAUACUCUCUACAGGUUUUGCUCUGAUGCCUCUGCCCUGGACCCAAUCUGUCCAGCUCGGUCCCCAGAAAACGGCUCGUUCUACCGACUACAAUUUUCUACAAACUUGAAACACAAUCCGCAGGAAAUACUUGAUCAGCUGUCAGUGUGUUUUCAUUUCCUGUCCUACACACCCACCGCCCUUCUUGUCAGUGUUUCGGCCCUGUCUCAUCUAGGGCACCUGCAAUUUACUUGGUCUGGGUUUUUGGAUAAAGUAAAGAUCGCCGCAGGAAAGUCCGGGACCGAGGAGAGUCAGCUCCAUGCGCGUGCGUGGCUUUGCUCAAGAAUCUCUGAUGAUGUGGUCGGUGCAAGGUCUAUUCUUGUUCACGCUGGGCAAUUAAAUGCACUUCUAAUCCGGUUCACAUUUGAAAAUCCAUGUGAGGCUAUAUGGACGUUCUACGCCGCGCUCGCGUUAUGGGCGAUUAUCAAAUUUGGCAGUGGACUAAACAUCUCGUCUUCUGGUCCGAAGCGAACGGUCGUGACAUGGUCUGACUUCGACGAUGUUCACGAGUGGAUCCAGCAUGGAGGCCAGGCUUCUUUUCAGGGACUUGGGAAUUUGGCGGAUUUGUCUGAGGCAAAGCUUUUGUCCACAUUUAGCGAAAGAUUGGAGUCUAUGUCAUGGGGCAUCUCUCUCCAAUUCCGCCAUGUUCUGAUGAACCUAUCCAAAGAAACAAACUAA